UUUUUUUUUUAUAGAACAGAAAUUUCUGUCGAAUGUUUAGGCUUAAUUCCGGUUAGAAUCAUACUCAAUGCGCUGUUUUCAAAAAUCACAGCCACAUUUACAGCAACAGCUCAGGGCGUACGCAACCCAAUAAAAAGUGCUCAGGUUCGCGUCUACAAAUGCAUCUGUGUGCGUGUGGAGCAAGUGUGAAACCAACAAUAUAGAUAAAAUUGUAUGGCCGCAGAGAAUGUUUCCACUAACCUGGAGCCUUCUCGAAUAUUCUCUGGCCGCGUAGCGAAUUGGCAAAAGUAAACACAAAGAAGGAAGGAAGAGUCGUGCUACGUAUGAAACAAAAGCCACCCACAACGAUAGCUACAAGUAAGAGGAAGAGGCAAGAGGUGCGGCGAAAUGGAACUGUAUUGCUGGGGCAACGCAUCGCACGGUCAGCUGGGUCUUGGCGGCAUUGAGGAUGAGCAAAUACUGACGCCUAGCCAAAUACCCUGGAAGCCGGAUUCGGCAGUUAAUCAAGUAGCCUGCGGCCAUCGGCACACGCUUUUCCUGACAGCCAGCGGGAAGGUGUACGCAUGCGGUAGCAAUGAUUACUCACAGCUUGGACAUGAACUCCCCACCAAAAGGCCACGUAUGUCGCCAUUUCUACAGAUACCGGAGCUCGAGGACUAUGUUAUCACGCAAAUCGCAUGCGGCAGUCGGCAUUCCAUGGCGCUCACCGAGUGGGGCCAGGUGCUGAGCUGGGGUGAUAAUGAAUGCGGCCAACUUGGUCAUGCCAGCGAUCAGGAUGUUAUACAGCUACCUAAAAUUGUGCGCUAUCUGGUCUCCAAGACGGUGGUGCAAAUUGCCUGUGGCAACAAUCAUAGCCUAGCUCUGACCUGCUGUGGCGAACUAUACUCAUGGGGCUCCAACAUCUAUGGCCAGCUGGGUGUCAAGUCGCCCAGCGAGCUCAGCCAGUGCAACUAUCCUAUGCGGCUGACCACACUGCUGGGCAUACCUGCGGCAGCCAUUGCCUGUGGCGGCAAUCACACCUUCCUCAUAUCCAAGUCAAGCGCGGUCUUCGGCUGGGGUCGUAACAAUUGCGGCCAGCUGGGCCUGAACGAUGAAACGAAUCGUGCUUAUCCUACGCAGCUGAAAACCCUGCGCACCCUUGGCGUUCGCUUUGUGGCCUGCGGCGAUGAGUUUUCCGUUUUUCUUACCAAUGAGGGUGGUGUAUUCACCUGUGGUGCUGGUGCUUACGGGCAAUUGGGUCAUGGUUUUAGUUCCAAUGAGAUGCUGCCUCGCAUGGUUAUGGAACUGAUGGGCAGCACCAUUUCUCAGGUGGCCUGCGGUAAUCGGCACACAUUGGCGCUGGUGCCCUCGCGUGGUCGCAUCUAUGGCUUUGGCCUGGGCAGCUCUGGACAGUUGGGCACGCGCAACACCAAGAGCCUUAAUCUGCCCCAGGUGGUGAUAGGACCGUGGGUGUCGCCAAGUGGAUCAGCCCUGCUGCAGUCCAGCGAUGAAAAGAUAUCCGUUGUCAUACAUCAAAUCUUUUCGGGUGGCGAUCAAUCUAUAGUGACCACCUCGCUGUUUGUGGACAAAGUGCCGCCAGCCGACUGUCGCGUCUAUGAACCCAAAUCACAGAUUCUGGUGCUGACAGCGGAUGCCACCAGGCAGUGUGCGCGCUUCAAGGAGGGCGAUCAAAGCGACUUGGAUCUGUUGAAUUCAAUGGAGCUGAUAUUCAAGAGCCAGGCAUGCCUGAAUGGUUCCUUUCUGUUGGACCAGGACAAGCACUUUGGCUGCUCCGCCCGCAACUAUGGCCUGGAUCUGAAAUCUGCCCAGCUGGCAUUCGAUAAUCUGCGCAAAGUGGAGAACCAAAGCAUCAAGCAGGUGAUCUGGGACAAUUUGACGAAGGAGCUGAUUGGCUCGCUUGUCGCUUCGCCGGCGGAUGUUGAGAGCAUGCGUAUCUAUUUGCUGCUACCAUUAUAUCAUGAGUUUGUCAAUUCCAAACACUACAAAACACUGCACGUACCCUUUGCCAAUGCCACCUUCCAGCUAACUGAGAAUCCCCGCAAGGUGCUGGAGAAAUGGUGGGGUCAGACGCCGUCCGAUUAUUUCGAACAAAUGGUCAACAAUUUUCUGCACGUGACGAUGCACAUCAUCAGCUUUAAGCUGGGCAUCGAGGUAAUCAAUCAAAAUGAGCCGCGUCAGAAAAAGCUGCUACCCUACAAUAGAGAUCUGGAAGCGGUGCUGCGACUGCUGGAGAAUCUGUGUCGCGUCAACGACAACCGCGACGAACGGCUCAACUAUCAGCUGUUCCACUGGCCAGAUCUGUCGGACUAUGUGGAUGUUCAGCAGGAGUACCUUCGCUGGAUAAUGCCUGAAACGGCAGCCGAAUUCAACAUAUGCAACUUCCCAUUCCUGUUCGAUGCGUCCGCCAAAACGGCGCUGCUUCAAGCGGAUCAGGCGCUACAAAUGCACUCGGCCAUGUCAAACGCAAUCUCCAAUGCAUUUUAUAAUCUGCUCAACUAUGGACACGUCUCUCAGUACAUUGUUUUAAAUGUUACGCGAGAGAACCUUGUGCAGGAUUCGCUGCGUGAGCUGCAGCGGUAUAGCCAAAGUGAUCUCAAGAAGCCGCUGAAAAUUAAGUUUCAUGGCGAGGAGGCGGAAGAUGCGGGCGGUGUGCGAAAGGAGUUCUUUAUGCUGUUGCUCAAAGACCUGAUCGAUCCCAAGUACGGCAUGUUCAAGGAAUUUGAAGAUUCGCGCGUCAUGUGGUUUGCAGAUGUCACCUUUGAGACGGAGAACAUGUAUUUCCUAAUUGGCGUACUCUGCGGCCUGGCAAUAUACAAUUUCACAAUCAUCAAUCUGCCCUUUCCGUUGGCGCUGUAUAAGAAAUUGCUAAAGAAACCCGUCGAUCUUAGCGAUCUGCGCGAAAUGUCGCCGACGGAGGCCAAUUCGAUGCAGGCACUGCUGGAUUAUGAUGGCGAUGACUUUAAGGAAACAUUUGAUUUGACUUUUGAGAUUUCACGCGACAUCUACGGCGAAGCUGAGACCCAGGAACUGAAACCCAAUGGAAGCAGUAUUGCUGUCACGCUAGAAAACAGGAAAGAGUUUGUGAAUCUCUAUGUAGAUUUUAUAUUCAACAAAUCCGUAGAGCUGCAUUAUCGCGCCUUUCACGAGGGUUUCAUGAAAGUUUGCUCUGGCCGUGUUCUGCAGAUCUUUCAACCCGAGGAGCUGAUGGCUGUUGUGGUUGGCAAUGAAGAAUAUGAUUGGCAGGCGCUGGAGGACAAUUGCGAAUACAAGGAGGGCUACAUGUCCGGUGAUGAAACGGUUAAAUGGUUUUGGGAAGUGUUCCACGAAUUGUCCCUUGCGGAGAAGAAAAAGUUCCUGCUCUAUUUGACGGGCAGUGAUCGGAUUCCCAUACAAGGCAUGAAGGCCAUCAAGAUCGUAAUACAACCCACACCUGAUGAGCGUUUCCUACCCGUUGCACACACGUGCUUCAAUCUGCUAGACCUGCCACGAUAUAAGACCAAGGAACGACUUAAGUAUAAGCUGCUGCAAGCCAUACAGCAAACUCAGGGCUUUAGUCUGAUCUAAUCAUUUCAUCUAAGCGUUGUUGAGUGCAGAUAUUAUUUUCGACAAUUUCUAAAACACAUUUCGCAUUUGCCUUGGAUUGUAAGUUAAAAAGAAAAUAUAAACCACAGUUUUUUUCAGGGAUUAAAUCAACUGGAAAAUUAUUGUGUUUUGUAGCUUUAGUAAAAGUUUUAAGCAUAUUGUUACAUAUAAUUAAAUUUGGUGAAUUAA